AUGUCGUCUUCUACGAGCACAGUCACGCAGAGCGCGCCCUCGGCGGACGCUAUUCUGAAGUUAUUUCCAGACAUCGAUACGAGUUCUGCCGAGCUCGAGGGUCACGAUGCCGAGCAGAUCCGUUUGAUGGACGAGGUCUGCAUUGUCCUAGACAACGACGACAACCCCAUAGGCACUGCUAGCAAAAAGCUCUGCCAUCUCAUGACCAACAUAGACAAGGGUCUUUUACACCGCGCCUUCUCGUGCUUCCUCUUUGACGACCAAAACCGAUUGCUACUCCAGCAGCGAGCCACCGAAAAGAUCACAUUUCCGGACAUGUGGACUAACACAUGUUGCUCGCACCCCCUCGGUAUUCCCGGCGAGACCGGCUCGAAUCUGCCCGAUUCCGUUGAUGGAGUUAAGCGUGCAGCCCAGCGUAAGCUUGACCAAGAGCUUGGUAUCAAGACGGAACAGGUUCCUUUCGACGACUUCCGCUUCUUGACCCGUAUUCAUUACAAGGCCCCUAGCGACGGCAAGUGGGGCGAACACGAGAUUGACUACAUUCUUUUCAUCAAGGCCAAUGUUGACCUGAAUUUGAACCCGAAUGAAGUCCGUGACGCCAAAUAUGUCACUCAAGAUGAGCUUAAGGCUCUCUUCAGGGACCCCACAUUGAAGUUUACACCUUGGUUCAAGCUCAUCUGCGAAUCAAUGCUUUUUGAAUGGUGGAGUAAUCUGGAUUCUGGUCUCGAGAAAUACAUGAAUGAACCAGACAUCAGACGCAUGUAG